GUUUUUACAGACUUCUCCAUUGAUUAUCUGUUCUCACAUCAAGAGUUACCGAAGCUAUAUAUUGAUUUGUGUCUUCUGCCUGGCCAGAGAAAACAUGAAGACAACUACAGGCGUCGUUCUGCUAGCUAUACUUGUGAUAGGGAAGAACUCUGCUGAUUCUCUGGAAUCUUUUCCCGGAAGUAUGCAGAGACCUGGAGAUUGUCCCACUAUUCCCCCAAAUUAUAUUGGAGCUUGUGAAGAUAACUGUAUAGCAGAUGAAUUAUGCCCUGAGCAAAUGAAGUGCUGCAGCAAUGGAUGUGGACAGGACUGCACACUGGCUGUCUUUGAAACGUCUGACAGCCCUUAGGGAGAUGGAUUCCAUACUCACCAUGAUGACUGAUGGACAUCCCAGAAGACUUCAUAAGAAUCGACAGAGCACUACCUGCUGCUCCCUAGCCCUAGAAUUGCAUCCUUAGAAGAUGAAAACCUAUAAUGUGGUGACUGCUUCCUAGUGCCUUUGUGUCCAAAAUAAACAAUC